GUGAAGGGCACCGCGCUCCUGAAGUUGACCUUUGAGCGGCUAGUGGAUAAGCCCUACAACAUUGUGGCGGGCCCUGCUGAAGUCCUGGCCGAGCGCAUCGCUGCCCUGUCUGCCCCGCCGACGGCCGCGAGCGGAUUCCAGGACGACCCAGCUGCCACGGAGUUCAUCCGGGAGCUGGCCGAGGCUAUGCCAGAGCCCUUGCGUGAAGGCGUGCAGGUCUUCAACCUCAAGACGUCCCUGCCCGUAGAGCCCUACGACCAGAGCGGGCCAAAACUAUUGACCCGCAACACGACGCGCCGGGCCUGGAAGGCGACCUUCGAGCUCAUGAAGGGAGGCACAAAGCGCGUGGCCAUGUUGGGCGUCCCGGGCAUCGGGAAGAGCCGCAAUUUGGCGCUGGGCCUCUGGCACCUGGUGACGGGCCAGCUGCCAGACGGGAUUCCGCAGCCCGAGGCCAUCGUGUUCGAAGCUCGGCAGAGCAGCAGGGUCUUCCUUUUCACCAAGGGCCAAGGUGGUGGCCAGUGGAAGGUGCAGAGCCGCGACAUGCAAAAUUGGAGCCCUUCAGGCUGCCCGCACCUGCAGCACUCCACGAACUGGUACCUAGUGGAUGCUUUCGAGGCACGCAACCCCACAAUGUUGGUUGCCAAGACAGUGAUCGCCUGCAGCCCUGACCGGAACCACUACUCGAACUUUAUCAAAGGCGCCGGCUGCUGCGUUUUUAUUGAAUCGUGGUCGAAAUCCGAGCUCCAAGUGGCAUCAGAUCAAAUUAGAGCCGGUGCGGACAUGUUGUCUAGGUACGACAAGAUCGGAGGAAAUCUGCGGGCCCUUUUGUCAGCGGAACACUACUUCGAUAAGUAUGUGAAGGACCAGGAAUCUGAGGCCAAGGAUUGGCAGCACUUGCAGCCUGCCUUCUGUGGCACCUUGGACAACCAAGGCAAGAAGCUUCUCACCCGCCUCUUCACCUACAUCAGCAAGGAUGCCCUCAAGUACGAGGUUGAUUUCUGCUGCGCUGGCGCUGCCGCGCUGGUUGCGAACGCGCACUACGACAAGCUGGUGGAGCUCUGGAGAGGGCAAGAUGAGCCCGCGAGGUACUGGUUCCAAAAGUUUGUCGGACCCCUGCUGACCUUCUCGUGGUUUCACAAAAAGUUUGCAGCUUGGACUAUCACCAAUGAGGGCUCCGCUGAUCGUGCUUCCUGGCAACGGAAGAAGUGCACGGACUUGAUGAUCGCAGAGAACUUGCAGUUAGUGGAAUGCGAUUCCACAACCAUUUUUGAGGACAGAUGGCAGAAGGCACUGCAGAACGGAACCCUAGCGCAACAGGUUUUGAGUAGCCCAGCCGGUUACCCGGGCAUCGACUACCUGCUGGAGUUCAACCACGGCAUCCAGGUGACCACAUCCGGAAAGCACAACCUUGCACAGGAGUUUCGCCAGAAGUUGAAGACGAUGUUCAAUGGAACUCGCCACAGUUUCACUCUCACGUUUUUCAUUACAGGAGAUCCUGAGAGAUUCGCGCCGGUCGGAGGUGAUUUCAACGCACUAAUGAACAUGGCGGGGCCAUCAAAGUCGUUUGACAAUGUUUGUGUACAGGUCGUGCAGAUUCCGAAGACGCUCAAUAGCCUGAGUUGA